GGAGUUGGCAUGCUGGUACGGGAAUAUGGGAAACUGUCUAACCUGGAUAAAUUCUAUUUUUCCUUUCCUGGAGAAUUGCUGAUGAGAAUGCUCAAACUCAUCAUUCUGCCGUUAAUCAUAUCAAGUAUGAUCACAGGGAUUGUCUUAGUUGUGACCAUUAAACCUGGAGUGCCUCAAUCAGCAAAUGAGAUUGACAGAGUGGGCAGUACCCCAGAAGUCAGUACUGUUGAUGCCCUGCUGGAUCUGAUCAGGAAUAUGUUCCCAGAAAACCUUGUCCAAGCCUGUUUUCAACAGUAUAAAACCAAACGUGAAAAAGUUGAAGCUACAACUGUCAUGGAUAAAAAUAUCUCCACAUUUACAGAAGAACCUGUUACAACUGCUGCGACAGCAGAGGCUUCAGAGAACAAAACCCAAGAAUACAGAAUUGUGGGCAUGUAUUCUGAUGGCAUCAAUGUGCUGGGGUUGAUCGUCUUUUGUCUUGUGUUUGGAAUGGUUAUUGGGAAAAUGGGAGAGAAAGGACAAGUGCUGGUGGAUUUUUUCAAUGCACUGAAUGAAGCUACAAUGAGAAUUGUUCAGAUAAUUAUGUGGUAUAUGCCAAUUGGUAUCGUGUUUUUAAUUGCUGGGAAGAUAAUAGAAGUUGAGGACUGGGAAAUGUUUCGUAAACUGGGUCUAUAUAUGGCUACAGUACUAAGUGGACUUGCAAUUCAUUCCACUAUAAUUUUGCCACUGAUCUACUUAAUAAUAGUAAGAAAAAAUCCUUUUCGGUUUGCCAUGGGGAUGGCUCAGGCACUUCUGACAGCCCUCAUGAUUUCUUCCAGUUCAGCAACUUUGCCUGUUACGUUCCGCUGUGCAGAACAAAAGAAUUUAAUCGACAAAAGAAUUACCAGAUUCGUUCUUCCAGUUGGAGCUACCAUCAACAUGGAUGGCACAGCUCUUUAUGAAGCAGUAGCAGCUGUAUUUAUUGCACAACUGAAUGACUUAGAACUGGAUAUUGGCCAAAUUGUUACCAUUAGUGUUACAGCUACAGCAGCCAGCAUUGGAGCUGCAGGUGUCCCCCAAGCCGGACUUGUCACCAUGGUGAUUGUGCUGAGUGCUGUCGGCCUGCCCGCUGAAGAUGUUACUCUGAUCAUUGCAGUCGACUGGCUUCUGGAUCGAUUCAGAACAAUGGUGAAUGUCUUGGGAGAUGCCUUUGGUACAGGAAUAGUGGAGAAGCUCUCUAAAAAGGAGCUGGAGCAGAUGGAUGUCACCACUGAAGUCAACAUAGUCAAUCCUUUUGCCUUGGAAACAGUACUUGAUAAUGAUGAAAUGGAAGCCAAGAAAUCAUACAUCAAUGGAGGAUUUACUGUAGAUAAGUUUGAUACCUUAUCCUUCACGCAGACAUCUCAGUUCUAAAGCCAGUAGCUUUCAGGUAAAACAGGAGCACUAAAGAACAUGGCCAUAUGCAAUAUUUCAAAAAGCUUAAAGGAUAAUUGAGAAUUAAUUACAUCUCAUGUGCAUUUGAUUUACUACAGCAGACUCUGAUUUGAUGUUACCAGUUCUGCCUCCUUCUCAUCACCUCUCCCAACAAUUUGAACUCACCACUUCUAGUCCUUGCUGAUAGGUUAAGAAAAGGACUGCUGUAAAAUACAUUUCCACCCACCCCCCCCAGGAAUAUACACUAUUGAUGAGGCUAUGAAAUGCCUCUUUGGAAUCAGCAUGCUUGUAAGUGGGUAUCUUAGCUGGGACAGCCAGAUGUGUUUUACUCAGGAGUUGCACAGCAUUUCACAUCUUACCCCCAUUACAGAAUGCCUGUAUGAAAUCCCUUUUAACAUCCUUGCCUUCUAAACAGAUUGCACUGCACUUGACACCUACUGUAACUUGAUCAUGUGCCAAAAUACUCAUUUCUGCAGCUGAGAGAAUACCACUUGGGUGAUUCAGGGAGGAAUUAUCACAGACAAGAAAAGCCUUGUGAUAAGUGUUUUACUGUGAACAGGGUUUCAUUUUACUUCAGCUGUGAAAUAAUUGGGCAUGCAAGAAUUUUCAGUGUUUGUGUAGCUAGGUGUCCCUUUCAUGUGAAUGCCAGCUACUGGGAUUGGCCUUCAGAUGUGAAAUAAAUUGCUGUGGGUUUGGACUUCUGGGAUUUGAAUAAUUUAUGUAAAGUGAUACUUUACCAAUUUAGGUCCACUUUGAUGGCCUCCUAAUACAUUUCCAUAAGAAGAAGAAAUAAGUCUGUUUACUGUUGUUCACCUUUGACUCUAAGCAAAUAUUAAUCAGCACAAAAGUAGUCAGAGGUCAUGAAGAUGAAAACAGACUAUAUAGCAAUGCAUAGUACAAGUUCUAAAACUUUCCCCCUUGGAAUAAAACCAGAUAGAGAAUCAAGAAUAUAGGAGACAUAACUUUUUCUACAAAGAAGCCACUGUCAUGAAGGUUUUUAUACAGAAUGGUUGGGGGUUUGCUCCUUGGUUUAGUUUGCCAGUUGAACAUGCAAGUCUCUAGCUGCAACACUACUACAGUGCCAACAUUUCAGCUAAACCGUAUCUUAUGAAGCAUUUCUGAACUCAGAAAGUCAUGUCUUCAGGUGGCUUGGUAUAGCAUAAGAAGCACCACAAACUUCCUUAUAAGAAAUCUCCAUUUUCUGAAACAUUUUGUAUAAGAUUUCCAUGGUGCAAAAAUCACUCUCUCAAGGGAGGAGUUGCUGUAACAAAUUUUUUUGCCUUGCAUAUUAAUUAGCUAUUUUAUAUGUAAACUGAAAUUCAUAUACAGUUCUUUCUUUGUAAAUAAGGUUGUGGUAAACCUAAAACUGCCCUCAUAUCUAACAAAAAAUCUCUUCAAGUUAUAUACUCAAUUCAAUUCUACAGUGUUAUAUACUCAAUUCAAUUCUACACUUUUGUAUUUAAAUAAACCAUAAGUGUGCCAAAGAGAACUGAUUAAGAAAACAGUUACUGUAGUUUUUGAUAAAUAGCACCUUAAAUCAACAAGUCAAUGACACAUAAUACUGUAUUUAAAUUAAACAUUGUAAACUAUAUGGAAGUGUUAAUCUAAGUAUUGGUAUGUUUAUACAAAAUAAAAUAUACAGAUUGAGUAAAUCAAUCUUUUACCUUCGCGGAAAUAAUAUGAGACAGCCUUUAUUUGUGCAGCUUUGCUUAUGGAAGGAAAAAACCCACAGGUUUCCACAACUAGCCUAUAAUCUAUGCUUUGUCUUUUCUUUGCUUUUUUAAAUCACCCUUUUAUGAUCACUCCAUUAUGUAAUCACUCUGUUAUGAUGUACUGCGAACAGUGUUACUAAAAAGUUCUAAAUAAAUAAUUUUUCUCUUUAGUCUUGUUUUAGCCUAACAUUCUCUCCUCACUGUAGCAUAUUAAGUUCCUUUAGCUAGAGCAAGAAAAUCAAAACUGGUUGAAUUUAGGAUUUAUGUUAUCUUCACUAGUGACUCAGCUGUAGCUUUGGCAAGAAUUACUCUCCUCUUCCAAUAAAAUAAAUGCUUAAGUGCUGAGAUUGCAAGAAAGUCCUCUAACUGAGGGUGAGCUGGGUUGGGAGUAUACUAUUAAACACGUGCUAAGUAGGUGAUUAUUUAUUUAUAAUUUAUUUGUAUGAAUCAGAUUCAACUAAGCAGGGGCUGAUGGUGCUGUUUUGCCAUCCAUUCACUAUCAAGAGACCAAACCAUAUACUGAAGGUACUAUUAAGUUCAAGGAUGCUUUUCUUGGCACAAUAUUCUGAGUAUGUAUCUUCCAUAUAUGUGCAAACAUCCUGCAUGGGCAGUGCAUCCUUUUCUCCAUAGCCUGGUCUGGAAGCUUUGGAGACUGGUGGAGAGUCUCCCAUCAGAAAAGUACCUGCAGGUUUUGGCCUUUUACACCAUGUUAUGUUCCCAUAGAGCAUUUGGAGCUGCAGAAGCUGUCACAGGAUUGGAGCCUGCAUUUUAAAUAGCAUGCGUGGCUUUAAGUCAUGGAAGACAAAGUUAUCCACUCGUGCAUUCCUGCUGAAAUACUGAGGGACUUGUAGUUGACUCUUAACAUUGAGAAAAGAGAGCACCUAGACAUAAACCUACACAGGUCUGUCAACAUGCACAGGUCAGCUGUAUCAGCUCCUCAGGAGCUGUGUAAAAACAGCUAUGACACAUGCAGUUCACUUGUCCUGUAAUAUUCCCUGAUAACAACAGAAACUGCCCAGUUUGAGAUCUUCAAAGACACAAACAACUGCUCCUCCAGUCUCAUGUUUAGGACCCUCCUCUACAGUUUCAGGCCCUGUUUGACUAUGUACCUUGGAGCAUCUCCUAGCAUCCAGCGAGAUGCCAAACUAUGGAGCAUGCAGAGCUGUGCAGAGCUAGAGCUAGGCAGAAUUUUCCUAUUUUUCCUUUUUCCAUGUUUUCUGCCUGCAGCUUUUCCUUGCCCAACACCUGGCAGUACUUGGUGGACUGCAGUGCACAAGGAAGAUAGGAUUGCCAGGGAAUAGGAGGCAGACCAGGCAAGGAACAGCAACCACAAUCACAGCACCUUGACCACCAGACCAGUAUUGCAUGCUUAAAAAGUGGAAGGUGUAAUGGGGAUAGGCCAUGAUCUGUUUAUAAAUACCCCUUCUGGAAGUCAGUAUCUCCA